AAGCAUGUCUCAGCGAGUACCGAAACCAAAUUACCAGCGUUAGAACGAUGAGCAUCGAACGCAGGGACGUGCGCGAAUUCAAAGCCUUGCAGACCAUGGUCGAAUGUCUCUGCCAGUUCGUCCUGGCCUCCAAGGACGUCGUCGAGAUCAUGAGCCAGAAGUACCCCGACGAAAGCAGCCUCAGCCCUUCGGAGGUCGAGGACCUCGAGGAACCUCCAGCGCAGCUACCGAGAUCUAAAGAUGAUUUGGAGCAGAUCCAUUUGAAUCCGGAGUUCGGCGUGGAGUCGGUGGGAAGGUUGAACGGAGACGAGGAGAAGAGCCUGAGCAACGAGCGAUUGGAAAUUGUGGAGAGCAAGGAGGAGAAGGAGUUUAGAGAUAGGCAAUACAGGUUGACGAAACGAGCCAUAUCCAGUCGAUACAAACCGAAGGCUAGGAGUGUGGUUACGGCCGCUGGGUGUCCAGAUGCAGAGAAAUUGUUUCGUGCUAACCUUGCACUGAAGAAGCAACUACAACAAGAUGGCGAGGAAUCGAAGGAUUUCGAGAAAUGUCGCGUCCCUUUCAAACUCGAUGGUAAAGAAAACCGAUGAUAAAAAUACAAGCAAAGCAAUGUAACAUGUAACGUCAAUAAAGUUCCUAUAUUUUUU